AUGGCUAAUUCGUACCCUCUUCUCUUUCUUUGGUUUCUUCUCUUAUCAGCCGUGUCUAGCACCGCGAUUCCUCUCCGCCAAAAUUUCGGUAAUAAAAUAGAAACAAGAGCCGAUAAAGUGCCCUUGAGGAUCCUUCCACUUGGCGCGUCGAUAACUUGGGGUGUAAACUCUGCUACCGGCAAUGGCUAUCGGAAACCUUUACGGGAUCAACUCACUUCUGCCGGCUGGGAAGUCGACAUGGUCGGAACCAAACACCAUGGUAGCAUGAAAGACAAUGAUGUCGAGGCGCACUCCGGCGAUACUAUCAAACAGGUCGAGGAAGCAGCCCUGGGGUCUCUGAAAUAUAAGCCAAAUUUGGUUCUGAUCAAUGCGGGAACCAACGACUGCAGACUGAACGUCAGCAUCCCAGAAACCGGUGAACGUAUGCGGCACCUGAUCGAGAGUAUUCUGGACGCCGAGGACACACGCGACACAACGAUAGUCUUGUCCACUUUGAUUCCUUCCGUGCUGAAAAAGAUUGAAGCCAAUCGGCCUUCCGUCAAUCGUCAAUACCAAGAUUUGGUCAGGAGGAUGCAAAAAGAGGGCAUCCGCAUCGUCUUGGCUGAUAUGGACCCUGAGAAUGACGAUGAUGGGAACCGGCUCUCAUACCCUGAGGACUACACCACCGACGGUGUUGCAAAUGAUACUCAUCCGAACGAUGGCGGCUAUGCUAAGAUGGCCAAGAUGUGGUACAAGGCAAUUUUGGAAGCAUCCGAUAGGGGGUUCAUUAAUAAGCUGUCUCACUAG